UAUUAAUUAUUAACUGUAUACUUCAUUACUUACAAAUUAUUGUUACAUAACUUACAAGCAUAUACUUAUACAUACAUAUACUUACUAGCUUCAACAUAUGUACUGUUCAAUAUACUUAUAUGUUAAAAUACAAUUGCGAAGGCAAUAGAGAGUUACAAAGAAAGCGAUACAAUAAAUAGUUAGAAUACAGUAUGUAAUUGUUUACAAAGAACAAACUGUCCCCCAUUUUUCAAUAAAUUGAUCUAAAGUUUUGUUCUUUGUGCAGAUAUAUUUUUCCAUUUCAAAUUUAAUUUUGAUCUUUAUCUUAAACCUAGCUAAGCCUGGAAGUGUUUGAAAUAUUCUGCAAUCCCAUAAUAGUUUGGCUAUCAAUAGAGAUAAUGAGACCCUUGAGCAAAGCAUAGCUACUGCUACUAUAAUUUUCUACCAGUGAGAAACCAAUUAUUGCUCUGCAUUUUGUUGUGCAUAGGCCAUGCUAGGCUAGGCGUAUAGUGCCCAAUUUGGAGCUAUAUCUGGAUAUUUAUUUGUUGGCAGUACAUUUUAAACCAGGAAUCACAAUACAGUUGUUUUGAAGCUUGCAUGGUGUAAGUUUCUAAGUGAUUUUCUAACCUCCAAAUUAAAUCUCUGAUCUAUUUGUUUCUCUUUGUUUACCAGAAACUCAGACCCAAUAUAUGCUACUAACAAAGUACUCUCAUAAGCCUUCCACAAGCAGUGAGAAGUACUAUGUCUUAAAAUGCUUGCUGCUGAGGACAACAGAUGGAUGGUGGUUGGCAUUUGCCUUUCAAAAGUUCUCACGCCGGUGAUGAGGGCAGUUUUGGAACAUGAAAUGCAGCAGCUUUACCAGAACCUAAUUCUGCCACCAAUCAACAUCCAUUCACAAACAUUUGCUUGUCAUUUAAAUUGUCUUUAUCCUUCAACACUGGCUCUAAAUUAUGGCAGCAUUAACAAUAAUAAACAUCAAGCAUCAUCCAAAAGUUAUGAUUACAGUGUGAAAGAUGAUGUCUCUCUUGCUAAACUCUUUGUCAAACCGAUCAUGUCUAGCUUCACUGGUUUCGAUGAAUCUCUGGACUUGUCAGCAGCUCUUUCCAUUUUGUGUGGGGCACCAAACUUUGUCUUCCAAGCUGUUGACAUUAUCGCAUCAGAAGUGCGCUCUAAGGUUCGUAAUGAAUGGGGCCAUUGCAAAUCUUCUACAUGGACAGAAGCUUACUAUUUGGACUGUUUUCAAUUAAUGAAAAACCUGAUUAAAAGACUGAAUCUCCCAGCAACUUUAGAUCAGGCAAACAUUUUGGAAGAACUUGAAACAUGGAGAAAAACAGGUAUCGACAUGUGCUUUGGGCAACCGAUAAAUAAUGAUAUCCUCAAGCUCGUCCAGGAAGAAAUGACUGCAUUAAGUAAGUCUGUUGAGGAGAACAAAGAGUCCUGGGUGCAAGACCACGAGGGACUAAGAGAGCACCUUCAAAAUUUGACCAGCUUGUUUGGGCUUGACAUUAAAAGACUAGAAGACAAACAGGUCAGCUUAGAAAGGGGCUUUGUGAGACUUCAGAGCCAAACCGAAUUCUUGGAAGAAAAAGUGAGUGGCAUAUUGUCACAAGCUGAAGAUAAACCCACUUCAACCUUUAUAAGUGGACUCAUGCUUAAAGGUUCUAUGAUUGUUCUGGUGGGUUCUAUCCUGUUAUUCCUUUAUGAACACCAUUCUAAAGGAUCAAUGCUUCGCUACUGGUACUCGCGGAGAGGAAGCGUGAAAGGGGGUCGCACUUUGACGUUUGUUUUCACAGCAUAUAACCAUCAGACACCAACAGUGAAUGGAGUUGAGUUCAGCUGGGAAAAUGUAAAAAAGAAACUGAAUCUGGCAUUUGAUCCUCUAGAUGAACCAGGGAUUCACUAUUACCUCAACACAGAUCGGUACGCGUACGGCGGAGUAAUACCUGUUCGCUCCGUGGUGGAUAACAUUCCGCAGGUUGGCGGCGCGGAGGUACUGGCCGUUAAUCCCGACUGCACCAAGGUAUUUUUCGAAGAGGCUGGAAUUUGGAAACCGUAUCGAAGCGCAAGAAAUAUCCGUUGUACACGCGAAAAUCGAUGGCUUUAGACUGAUGCAGGAGUGAUGUGCAGGUGUACUAAACUGAAAUGUUGUUGUUAUGAAUUGCAACAGCUCCUUCCGCUCGAAUUGUGCAGGAAUUGGUACGUUAAAGUGACAGACCGUCAGCUGGCGCUCUUUGACAUUUUUUUGGGAAGAUUACCUUGACCAAGAGCAAAUAGUUCAUGGAAUUUGUUUGUCGGAGAUUCUAGUUUUGCAAAGCUUUCUCGUGGUAUACAUAUAUCUUACUAACCCAUCGCAAGGUCUGUACUGGGAGAAUAUCGGUCCAAGCUCUUGAAAGUACGAAAGAAGAACCUGAAAGACUGGAAGCCGAUAUUCUCCCAGUGUGACCCAGAGCAAGCUUGGUUAAUGAAAAGUAAUGUUAUAAUACAUGGUCGCGAUACCACUGGAAAGCAUUGUUUAACUUCUAGUAUGGCGUAGGCUUUAUAUCAGGCCUUAUAGAGGCCCAAAAUGAAAACCAAGGAACCGUUACGGUACGUAUGAGUGAAAUGGCAUAAUGUGAAGCAAGCGCGUUUUUAGUGCACAUGUAUUCUAUGGACACUGGUCCCACAACUGUACCAGUAUAAUUUUUGUAUUUAAGUCUAAGUGACGGUAACUAUAUUUCAUGUAGAUUUUUGUUUAAUUGCAACUGACACAAAUACAGUAAACGCUAGAAUAAAACGUUGAUCAAAAGAUGA